AUGGGUUGCACUGGAGGGAAAGUAAAAGAUAUUGCUGUGCCUAUUCGCCCUAAAUCCUUACGUCCUAAUAAUGAGGAGAAAAAGCUAAAAGAUGAUACUCUAUCAGAGAGCCAAUCUAUUAAAUCUCCUAAUAACUUCACUCUCAUACAAAACGAAAGGAAAAUUUUUGUUUCAGGAGAGUCUUUUCUAGACAUUUACGAUGUCCAAGAAGUGAUCGCUAUGUUUCCCUAUGCUGAAUACCGAAAAUGCAUUCAUAAAAAAACUGGCCUGAUCAGAUCUGUUAAGAUUGUCCCAAUUCCAAAAUCUAACGAAAGCUACUUUGAUGAAAAGAGCUUAAGGCGUGAAGUCAAGGCUUUAUCAAAGCUAGAUCAUCCUAAUAUAUUAAAAAUCUUUGAUAUCCUUGCUGAUGAUAAAAGAUUUUAUAUCGUUAUGGAGUGUUGAGACGGAGGAUUGUUACUAGACAAGUUAAAAGAAGAAAGAGUUUUAACCGAAGUGCAAGUGAGCUCACUUAUUGAGCAAUUAUUGUCUGCCGUUGCAUAUGCUCAUGAUCAUAAAGUUCUGCAUCGAGACCUAUCUCCAAACUCUAUUUGCCUUAUGAAAAAAGGAAAUGAUUUAAUUAUAAAAAUAAUUGAUUUUGGGGUAUCUGCAUUUGUUGAUAUGAGUCGUCAUUAUCAAGAAAAGCUUGGAAACUCAUUUUAUACAGCCCCAGAAGUAUCUGAUGAAUUUUAUAAUGAAAAAUGCGACCUUUGGAGCAUAGGGUGUAUCAUGUAUUUAUUAUUAACCGGGAAAGCUCCAUUUAAAAAUAGAACCCAAAAAGAGCUUGAACUAAGCCUUAAACAAGAUCUUGUUGAUGUAUCCAUCCUUGAAAAUUUAUCAAUUUCUGGUAAUGCUAUAUUAUUACUCAAAGAUUUACUCAAUAAAGAUUUUUCCACAAGAAUUAGUGCGCUAGCAGCUCUGCAAAACCCUUGGGUCAAAAAUUUUCGUGAAAAUAUAAAUAUAAACCCAAAUAUCCUUCAAAAAUCUAUGGAAAAUUUAAUUUCAUUUCACUGCUCAUCAAAGCUGAAAGAUGGAAUCCAAGCCUUUAUUGCUUCCCAAAUAAUGACCCAUGAUGACUCAGAAGAACUCUUAAAAGCUUUCAAAAAUAUUGACAAAAAUGGCGACGGGAAGCUGAGCAAAGUUGAGCUUAUUAAAUUUUAUUCCAGUGUAAUGGGCGAUCAUGUAGGCAGGGAUUUUGCCAAAGAAACGCUAAAUAAUGUCGAUAUUGAUGGGAAUGGGUCUUUAGAAUUUACUGAAUUUUUAAGGGCAAGUGCUGAGCAUCAGCUUUUAUUGUCAAAAAAAAAUUUAGAAGUAACUUUUUCAAUGCUUGAUAAGGACGCAAGUGGGAAAAUUUCUGUGUCUGAGCUCCAAGAAAUGCUAGAAAAUACAAUUUUAAUAAAUAACCAAACAUGGCAAGAAAUAAUUCGAGAAGCAGACCAAAAUCUGGAUGGUGAAAUUGACAUGAAGGAAUUUUACUCUCUCCUUAUUAAUAAAUUUUAA